AUGCGGUUAGUGCUUGGAAUGUGUUUGCAAGAGACAUUAAGAACUGAAAAAGAAGUAUGGUCUUGGACUAAAAAUGAUUUAAGAGUUAUCACCAUUAAACCAAAACUGAGAUUAUGGACUUAUUGGUUGACCGUCGGAUCCGAGCCAGCCGAGCCAAUUUCCCAACCUCAGCCUCAAAAUGAAAAGGGGGUGGAAGCACCCGACCCAGACGGGGAAAACCAAGUCAAUUAG